AUGGCGAGCUUUUCACUAUCGUCCCCCGUUCUCAUUGAUGAAUUCUCCUAUAUUUCACCACCAUCAGCCAGAGCAUUCGAAGAAGAAUUCGUCGGGAUACUUCCUCCAGGAAAAGAUAUCCAGUCAUCUAGGGGAAUAAUACAUUAUUAUGAUUUCAAUCCUGAAGCCUCACCGACUGCAAAAAGAGUUCUCUUGAUUCAUGGUAUCGGAACAUGCGCUAUCGGUAUGGCACCACUUGCCCAUCGCCUCACAGUAUCUGGAUCACAUGUUGUUAUCUAUGAUCUAUGGGGACAUGGUAAUUCUUCUACUCCGCUAGAAACACAUACCCCGGCGUUGAUGCAUGAGCAAAUCUUUGAGCUUCUCUCACAUUUGAGAUGGAGCACAAUGCAUAUCAUAGGGUUUAGCUUGGGAGGGAGCAUUCUUGCCACGUUCACGGCGAUACAUCCGCAUAUCGUGGAGAGUGCAACAAUCAUAGCUGGAGCAGGGCUUUGGAGAAAAAGGGGAAGUGGUUGGUGGAGUAAGUUGCGGCGCGAUGGAGAAUGGAUAUUAGAUGACUGUAGUGAAUACACUAUAAUUGAUGAGCUCGAAGGAAAUGAUCCAUCCAAGGAAGGUUGGAAAGAAAGAUUAAAGCACGGAAAAGUCGAAUCCGAACCAAUAGAAAUAUGGGAGAGAGAAAAUCAUGCUGGCCAUAAAGCGAGUGUGGUUAGCAUUUUCAGAUAUGGGAAUGUUUUCGAUCAACAUGAAUCGUAUCGUAAAUUGACGAAUAACAAUCUUAAGAUUCUGGUGAUUGUAGGAGAAACCGAUAGUGUGUUUCCAUCGGAAUUUGUGAAGAGUGAAUUAGAUGCUCUGGGUUGGAAGAAAGAUGUUAAGCUGGUGGACGGGGCGGGUCAUGGUAUUGUUAGAACGCAUCCGGAGGAAGUAGCGGGUCUUAUUGAAGCAUUUUGGGAGGAGCGAGAAGUGAGAAGUGAGAAGUGAGAGUGAGAAGUGAGAAGUGAGUAG